AUGGGAUCAACUCGAACAGUAGUUUGCCUUCUCAAACAAGUGUCAAGAAAAUUACUCUUUUUUUCUGUGCUUAUAAAUUGGUCCACUUGGAAGUGUUUGCAGUCAACACUCUCGAGCAAAGCCAAGCAAAGAGUACACUCUGUUUCCUCUGUUUUUCCUUCUCUUCUUCCUCUGCUUAUCUCAACAGCCUCAUUCUCCUCUCUUCUCCUCUUUUUUCUCUUUUGCAGAAGUGAAUGUGAGACAAGCAGGCAUAUAGCAUGGGAGAAUGGGCAGAGGCGUGGCCGGUGGGACUCAGAUUCAAACCGACGGAGUACGAGCUCGUCCGUCAUCACUUGACCAGAAAACUCAGAGGAGAAAUUGAAGCUAUCUGCCUAAUUCCCGAGCUAUACAUCUACGACUGGGAGCCUCCGGAGUUAUUUGCACGAUACAACGAAUUGUCGAGCAUCCCGUCGGAUGGAAGCGAGUGUUUCUUCUUUUGUCCACGUGGUCGUAAGAGGAAGAGGAAGACCCAGUGUGGAUUCUGGAAAGAGACAAGUACCAUACGUCCUGUACAAGCACCGGGCACCGGUGAAGAGAUAGGGCUCAGGAGGAGCAUGGUUUACCACGAAGGUCAACAAGGAAAUGCCCGCAGGACCAAGUUCGGCAUGUACGAGUAUCACCUAAAUUCGAACAUUUCGGACAGUGAAAUUUCGGACCCGACAGCGUUGGUUCUUUGCCACAUAGCAAUCCGGAAAAGCAAGAAAGCAAAGUCAGCAAUGGCAAGUACUUCAACCGAUUUAAGCGGCCCUACCGAUCUGAAUGAUUCCCAAGACGAAGGAACGCUAGAAAUUGGUGCACAGGCAUCUCCCAGUGUUACUGUUGAAUUUCCCUAUCCGAACGAGACGUCGGAUUUUGAUUUUCCAGACCAGAAUGUGCUGAUUCCUGAUCAGCAGUCUCAAACGAGUGAAGAGCAUCGUUUUUCCUGCAAUGAUCAUUGGCCGUAUUCUCCAAGCAAUGGCUUCGAUCCUGCAGAUUUCUUUAACUUUGACAAUCUCGUGGAUCUCUUGAACUUUGACGAGGGCACUGAUAGUAUGCCCAACCAGAGUGAUAAUGCCAGUGUUUGAGGUCCUUUAUACAUGUUAAUCUCCGCCUUGCCUUACUAUGUCAGCGAUAAUGUUGUGUACCAACUAUGCUUGUCCGAGGUUAGGACAUUGAAUCAAUCUUCUAUCCGGGUAUAUUGUACAAUUACCUGUUUCCUUACAAUUUGAGUAUUUGUCUUAGGACUUGUGAUUUUUAGGUAUGAAGUGAUUUGCAGAAACAGCAGGUUAGGCCAUUAUAUUGAUCUUGUACUGAUUAAUGGCCACCAUUCGCCGAUUACCGGCAACCCUAGAAAUUUUACGCUGUUAU